AUGGCGUCUCCAGCUAUGUACGAUCCCUACAAUUACGUCUCGUUUGUUGAGUUGAACAAGAGGAAAAGAGGAGACUACUAUGACAGACCUGAAAGUCAACGCCUCGAGAAUCGGACAAAUCGACCGGCGGUGAAGAGAAUCUAUUUGAAGAAAAAUGGAGAUGAUUCGCCGGGAAAACCAAAAUUGUACAUUUGGAGACAAUUGCAAGCUCCUAGCUUGGAUCAAUUGACCGAGUCGGCUGGCGACUUUGUCGGACUUCACGAUGCGAUGAUUUUAUAUGAUCGAGACGGUCGCCGAAUCAUGCAUGAAGAAGAUAUUCACGAGAAUGGCACUUACUAUGUGGCCGGUGAUGAAUCCUUUGAUCCACCAGCUGAGUCGAUACACCAUAAAAGUGGAAAGUAUUCUCGCGAUGGAGAUGACGAACUCGUAAAAGAGGACGAACUACUGGGAAAAGCACGCGAUUACGAGGAUGCGUAUCGUGAAGCCCUUUCCACCCCAGCUUUAUCCAUCAUCACCGAUCAACCCAGCACUUCAAGAAAGCAAGAAACUGAACCUAAUGGAUACGAUUACUACAGUAAUGAGAGACACGCACGAUCAGCAAAAACCCGAGGAAAAGAUGACUAUUAUGAUGAUUACGAUAGAAGAUAUAGUGGAGGAAAGUCAAGGGGAAGAGAAUUUGAUGAUUAUGAUGACUAUGAUAGUCGAAAUAAACAACACAGUGCUCCGGCUGCGUAUCAUCGGGAGAAAUACUCCUCAAAACCGAAAUCACGAAGAGCUCGAUCAACUUCAUCAGCUAAACGAGAACUUGAAGAUUCAAUGAUCUCUGAUUUUCAUGACGACGAAGCUGAACUAAGGGAUCGAUUAGCACUAGAGAAACAUAAACAAAAAAAUCGCUAUGCUCGCUCACACAGCGCUCAAAUCUUCAAUCGAAAAGAUCAAACGAAUCCCAAUGCCUACAUUAUUUAUGUUUUCUUGAAUGGAAAUGGAAUGGAUUGUCAAUAUGUCGAUUUCUCGAGAAGUCAACUCGAAAAGGGAAUGCCUUAUGUGCUAGAGUUGUGCGCAAGAAAGUAUAAAGUCAAUCCGGCGAGACUUGUUAACAUGGACGGGAAAAAGAUUGUCGAGGUGAGCGAUAUGAUGUCCAGAGGCGCCUACGUGUUGAUACCGGUGGGGCAAAACUUCAGGGACACUUGGUAUUUCUUGCCUGAUAACGCAAUCGAUACUAGUGCUGAUGUGGAUAAAGUUCGAGCAAGAAGUGCACAACGAGAUCGCUACAUUCAGAAAAAGGAACGAGACGAUAGGAGAAAAACCUCUCACAAGCGCAGCAAGAGCUCCGACUAUCGA